AAUUGCUUUUUUAAAGUUUAUAAUUUUGUGGUUUAUUUAUUUUAUUAAAUUACAAUAAUCAAUAUGUACAUUCCAUUGCUUAAAUGUGAACAAUUCAUAGUGUUGUUAGCUAAAUAAUAUUUAAAUACUGUUAAAUUAUGUUGUAAUCUAAAAAUCAACCGUGACAUGAAAUUUCAAUAAAUCAUGAACAAAAAUAUCGAAAAUGAUUUCGAUGACGAUGAAAUAUUUGAUGAUUCUGCUAUACUCGCUAACUUUGAUAAUUCUGCAUUUAAAGACACAACGUUCACUGAUAAAAAUGCGAAUAAAAGUGCACUUAACGUAAGUGCUCUAUGUUGUGACGAAGAAAUAAGUGGCUAUGACAGGUUAACAGGCAAAACAUGGAUUUAUCCUACAAACUACCCUGUGAGGGAUUAUCAGUUCAACAUCAUAAGAGCUUCUAUUGUAAAAAAUACUCUGGUAAGCCUCCCGACAGGUCUUGGGAAGACUUUCAUAGCAGCAGUUAUUAUGUACAACUUCUAUAGAUGGUAUCCACUCGGCAAGAUUAUCUUUACAGCACCCACAAGACCACUUGUUGCUCAACAGAUAGAGGCCUGUUACAAUAUUGUAGCAUUACCUCCUAAAGAUACCAUAGAAAUGACAGGGCACAUGCAUGUAAAUACUAGAAAGCAGCAUUGGAAAUCCAAGAGAGUAUUCUUCGCCACUCCACAAGUAAUAUACAAUGAUAUUAAAUCUGGUAUUUGCCCCAGUGACAAAAUUCGCUGUCUGGUUAUUGACGAGGCACAUAGAGCGAGAGGCAAUUAUGCAUAUUGUCAGAUAGUUUCUACUUUAAGUGAUAUGGGGCAUAAGACAUAUAGGAUACUCGCUUUGUCCGCUACCCCUGGGAGUAAAGUGGAAGAUGUUAUUAAUGUAGUGAAGAGUUUAAAUAUUGCACAUUUGGAACUGAGAACCGAAAACUGUAUUGAUGUAGCACCAUACAGUCACUCAAGAAAAAUUAAUACUGUUAUAAUUCAGCUGGGUCCUGAACUGACACAAUUACGACAACACUAUGUUGAAAUUUUAGAUGGUUAUGCAAGGAGACUGAAGCUGUUUAACAUAUUGCCACAAAAUUUAGGAAACUUGUCCAAAGGACGAAUUGUUAUGCUCUAUAAAGAAUUUCAAACUAAGGAAAGAGGAGCCAGGCAUCCACAACACAACAUCAUAAUGAAAGACUUUACGCUCCUAAUUGCCCUGUACCAUGGCCUAGAGUUACUUAUAAAGCAUGGAUCUAGAGUUUUUCUAAACUUUUUUGAUGAGCAUCCUGAAAAAUCUUGGAUUCAGUCUGAUGAUUCUCUAACAGCACUAUUGGAGAGAUUGAGGGAUGAUUUAGGAAUCAAUCCUUUGUCUUUGGAUAGAAGCAUUUUACCUGAUGGGACUGUGCCUGAGAUGCCAAAAAACUUAUGUUUUGGUCACCCGAAGUUUUACAAACUAAAGGAAAUUAUGCUGGAUCAUUUUCAAAAGGCAAAGGAUAAAGGACAAGACACGCGAGCUAUAGUGUUCUGCGAGUACCGGGAAAGUGUGAAUUUGGUACAUUGCCUGCUUCUUCAGUGUCGACCGCUCAUCGUGCCGCAGAUGUUCGUGGGACAGGGCGCGUCCGGCAAAGACGGCAAAGCAAUAACCUCCCAAAAGCAGCAGCUGCGCGUGAUGCGUGCGUUCCGCGCGGGCGACUGUAACACACUGGUGUGUACUUGCGUCGCGGAAGAAGGGCUUGAUGUGGGUAGCGUCGAUCUGAUACUGUGCUUCGAUAUAUCUACUCGAUCUCCUGUGCGCCUGGUACAACGAUGCGGACGUACCGGUCGAGAGCGAGGAGGCCAAGUGCAUAUAUUAGUUACAGAAGGAAGAGAACAUCAGACUCUAAUAGACUGCAUGCGGCAAAGGGACGGGCUAAACGACAAAAUACUGCACUCUAAAGAAGUUGAGAAUAACUUGUACAAAGCAAACCCGCGCAUGAUUCCACACGACUUUAUGCCAGAGUGUCAUAAAAUGCACAUCACGGUUGCUAAGAAACAAGUUGAGAAGGAUAAAAAUACAGAUGGUGCUAAGAAGGGACAAAAAGAUAUAAAAAGUAUGCUAUAUGGCAGAGCAUCGACAAGCAACUCGAGUAGUUCUCAUAUGAGGCAAGCUGAAUCUAAUGAAUUAAUAACAGAACAAGAGUUUAAUACAGAAUUUCCUGAAGGUUUUUCUACAGUAGAGAUAUUUCAGCCGGCGAUGGAACUUUGGUGUAAAAAUAAAGACUCUAUUCUAGCUAUAAGUAAUCAAGAGAACAAAUAUCUAAAGUUAUCUUCAUGGCUCGAAUGGCAGAGGACAUCGCAACAGACGGUGAACAUUGCACACUCUGUAGAUACAGAUAUAUUGACGUCAUUGUUACAAUGUAGUGAUGCUAAGAGAUUCGAUGCACCACCCUCUACGCAAAAUCCUACAUUCAACACGCAAGAUUUCGCCACCCAAAAUCUAGUCAAAAUUGCACCAUCCCCUGUAAAACAAAAACAAACUAAAAAGAAAGUUAAAGCUCCUCUAAUCAAAUCUCCGAACAAAAGAGAUGGCGAUAUCCGAGCUCUUUUCAGUACAGCUACAAAAUCUACUAAGAAUUAUACGAAAUUAUUAAAUGAUUUGGGCGUACAAAAUGAUGGGAGAACACCCACUAGUUUAAUAAAUUUACUGGUUGAUCUCAAUUUAGAAAUUACGAACAGUGUUAAGAAAUGUUUUAUAUGCUCCAACAUAUGUGACUGCAAAAUGAUGAAAAGGGUUGAGGAGAAAUGUAUACCUCCUAUUGUAUUACUUAGUACUCUAAAUUUACCAGAUCUUUCACUUAUUGAUGAAAUGAAUAGUGAUUCUAUACUCAGAUGCGCGAAAGGAUAUAUGAACGACAGCAGUAAAGAACAAAAUGAAAGUAUUAACAAUCUUUCCACUGAAGAUAAAAACAUUUCUAUUGGAGACCAUUCCAAAAAUUUUGAACUAGAGUUUGAUUUUAAUUUGUCGAAUUCUCCAGUUGAAGAGAAAGAAGUUGUUAUUAAUGAUAAAGCCGAUAAAAACUUUGAUAUCGGUGACAUUGAAGAUAUAUUUGGAAAUAGUAGUCCCGAUGAAGGAAAACUAGAGAUUAAAAGUGAUUUAAAAGCCGAAGAUCCCAAAGAUACACUAGGCUUCUUUGGUUUAGACAGUAUUGAUGAUAUUUUUGCUGAUUCUGACGAUGACGCAAUGGCAAACAUUGAAAUUGAUAUAAAAGAUCUCAAUAAUGAAGAAAUCAAAAUAGACAGCGAAGAGGUUAUUACAAGUGAUACAAAUGUUCCCAAACCUAUAAAUACUAAAGAAUAUGAUGAAUAUAACCCUAAAAGUCCGUCCAUAUUGUCUGGUAGAUUAAAGACUGAAAUACCGACAUCUCCAAUACUUUGUAGUCAAGUACGAAAAUUCCAACUUAGCACGAAGAAAAAUCGCAUAAAUUGUUCUACUCCUGUUAGCAAUGCUAAGAAGAAAUUAGUACUUGAAGAUGUGUCAGAUAAUAUUGAAGUAUGCGCUCCAAACGCAAGUUCAUCAAAAUCAAAUUUAAUUCAAAAUGUAACAGCAGUUACAAGCAAUAACAAAAGCAUGUUUACAAUAACUCAGCUAGUUGAAAUGAUUAAUAGCAGUACUAAUAAUAAUUCUACAAUUAAAAAAUCCCAAUUACCUUCAGAAUCUAAUAUAGAAAUCGACGAAAGAAGUUCUUCGCCAAUUCUUAUGACACAACAAGAUAUAAAUAAAACAACAAAUAAUAAUAAACGUAAUAAUAAAACACAAAAUACAAAACACGAAAGCCUUAUUAUUUUAGAUAGUGAUAGUGAUUCCGAAGAUGAUACUCAAGAAUAUAGUCUAAAUAAUUUAAAAGAUAACUCAAUUAAUUUGAAACCUAGUAUUAGUCCUAUAAUUAGUAAAGCGACGGCAGAUUCGUAUAAUGAUAGUAAAACAUCAUUUUGUAAUAAAACUCAAAAAGAUGAAAUAGAAGUUAAAAUAAAUAAAUCAGUUAAUAUUUCUCCGAUUAAUAAUGAUCAAAAUACGAGUCCAAAAACUGUUAAAAGAAAAUUUGAAGAAGAAGAUGACGAAAUUAUAUCAUCCCCGUAUUUCAAUAAAAAACAGAAAUUAGAUGUAACUAAAGCGAAGUCAUUAAGCUUACGUGAGAAAGUUUUAGCUGCGUUAUCAUCAAAUAAAUUCGAUAUUAACACUGAAAAUGAUAGUAAUAUAAAUUUUGCAAUCCACUCCCCGACAUUUUUGACACAAAAAGAGAAUAAGGAUCCCAAAAACAGAGAUGUUCAUAAAAAACACAGUGACGAGAAAAAAAAUGUUACUAAAAGUCUGGAUAUUCUACAACAAUUUCGAAGAGAUAGCCAACUUACACCUCGUAAAAUUAACUUUAUGAAUAGAGAUAAUGGACAUGAAGACAGUGAUGAUGAUUUUGUUGGUAACGACUUCAGAAGUCAGAAAAGUAUCCUCAAUAAGAACAGUAGGCAAACAUCCAAUUAUAAAGUACGCAAAAAGAAACCCAAACCCAACGUGUUCCUAGAUCUAGAGGCGGAAGUGUCAACAGAUGGAGAGAGUGAUUCAGCAUCAGACAGUAGUGUGGGCAGCUUGAAACACUUUCUCUGUGAAGACGAGGAAAACGGCGUUGAUAUGUUGCCGCAUUACUUGCAGUCUGUCAAAAGUCCCAUCAAAGGUGUCUUCAAGAUACCCGCAUUGCCGAAGAAAUUCAACAAUGAAGAAAUAUUUUCGCAAUUUGUUGAAGAAGAUUCAUAUGAAAUGGAUAGUUUCUGUGUGGACUCGCACAUCGGUCUAACGCAAGCUAACGACAUGUCAGAAUUGGAAGUGGCCGAAAUGCUUCUAGAAGAAAAGAGAAGGAAAAGAAAAGCGCCAAAAAAGAAUAAUUCCCCAGUUACGAAUAAUGGAGAAAGUCCACUUGUUAGAAAGAAGUUUAGAAAGGUCCAAAGAUUAAAUAGUGAUUCGGACGAUAGUUCUUAGGAAUCAACAUUUAUAAAUAUAAAAUAUGUAUUUAUCUGUAUUAUAAUAAUUAUUGUUAAAAGAAUUUUCAAUACUUCUAUGAAUGAUAUAACUUAAUUAUUAUUUAUGUAAAAAUCAAUCCAACUGGUUUGGAUAUCUCUGUGAUAAUUUGUAAUAUAAAAGAUUAUUGCUAAUAAAUAUUAUGGACUAGAA